AUACGUUUUGACACUCGUUUUAAACUUCCGCGCCUGCGCAGUAUCGCCAAAGUGACAGAAGCACGAUGGCUGCGGACACUUCUUUGCUGCCGUCUUUGGUGGAAGAGUUUGUCUCUGGAUUACAGGACAAUAAAGCCAAAGAAGUAGCUACGGGUGUCACAGAGGGAAAGUUCGCCAUUCUGCAGUUGGUGGAAGCACUAGAAGAGAGUUUGACCAGCUCUCAGCCUCAAACUCGAGCCAGAGGAAUCCAGCUGCUGUCUGAGGUUUUGAACAGAUGUCAUGGUAACCUCACAGAGAGAGAAGUGGAAGUUCUUAUAGCUUUUUAUGAGAACAGACUGAAGGACCAUUAUGUCGUCACCUCGUCAGUCCUACAGGGGCUCGGAGCACUGAGUAAAUGUAAGAUGCUGCCUCCUGGUUCAGCUGUGUCCAUGCUGAGGUCCCUGUUCCAGGAUGUUCACGUGCAGUCUCUGAUGCUGGCAGAGAGAUCAUGUGUCUAUAACAUGCUCAUCAAUCUGAUGGAGACCAGAGAAGCUGAGUUAAAAGGUUUAGGCUCAGACUUUGUCUUUGGCUUCGUUCAGUCCAUGGAUGGUGAGAGAGAUCCUCGUAACCUGCUGCUGGCCUUUCAGAUUGCAAAGAACAUCAUCUACAGAGGUUAUGAUCUGGGUAAAUUCACAGAGGAGCUGUUUGAGGUGACAGGCUGCUAUUUCCCCAUCGACUUUACCCCCCCUCCUAACGACCCCCACCGCAUCACCAAAGAGGAGCUGAUUGAGGCGCUGAGGGCCGUUCUCACCGGGACUCCUAAGUUCGCCGAGUUCCUGUUGCCUCUCCUCAUCGAGAAGAUAGACUCAGACGUUCAGAGUGCCAAGCUGGACUCUCUGCAGACUCUGGCUGCCUGUGUAACACACUACGAACAUAAAGACUUGGCAGAAUAUCUGGAUGGUCUGUGGACAUCACUACGCAGAGAGGUCUUUCAGACAUCCAGUGAGAAGAUCGAGUCUGCUGGUCUGGCUGCUCUCACCGCACUCACUUCCUGUGUGUCUUCCUCUGUCCUCAGCUCAGAGUCUGAAGACGUUCUGAGCAGCUUCCUGGACCUGGUUCUCAGAGACUGCAAACAUCACCUGUCUGAGCCUGACCUGAAGCUGGUGUGGCCCAGUGCUAAACUGCUGCAGGCUGCCUGCAGCGCCUCCAUCAGGGCGAGUCACAUCGUUACAUCAGCAGCCAUGCCUUCACUUAUUGAACAGUACAGUAACAGAACACAGUGUUCCCAGAGACGGACGUUACUGGAGGUGAUGCUGCGGUUCCUCCAGUCAGUUAAAACCAGUCAGUCUCCUGAUAACGAUGAGAGCGUGUUUGUCAGCAUGCGAGAGUCUCUGUGUAGCACGGUGUUCUCAGCUCUGUCAGAGAAUAACUCCAGUCUGCAGAUCACCGCCACCUCCAUGCUCACCUCACUGGCCCAGCAGACAGGUCUGCUGCUGGACUCUGACGUGGACGUGGCCGUAGAUCACCUGAUCAGACUGCUGCUGAUUGAAGAUGACGACUGCGUCAGUCUGGCUGUGGUAGAAUCAGCCAGAGCGUUGGCUCAGCUGCAUCCAGACAUUUUUAUCUCCAAACUCAUCCCACGGCUGAAAACAGAACUAUUUUCUGAGCCUAUGGAUCAAGACAAGAACAGAGCAGCCUCUGGGCAGCAUUCCCAUCAUGCAGUGCGGCAGCGGUGUUUAUCUGCUCUGGCUGCAGUGUCAGUGCAGCCCAGUAUUGUCUUGGAGAGUACGCCUGUUCUCUUGGAGGUUCUGAAUUCAGCACAUACAGGGAGCAUCAGCUUCUCAGUGGAGGAGGUGGUCUCCACCUGUCACAGCCUCCAGAAGAUAGCAGAGCAGGUGGAAGACACGGUGGAGACGGGGCUAUGCUUCCAUGUAACCGUCCUUCCACGGCUGUUUUCACUGGCCCUUCAGGGGGCGCUGCAGGGUGAGAAGUCCUCUGGUGGUCGAAGUCCUCUUCUGGAUGAGCAGGUCCUGUCUGCCAUGGUCUCUGUCGUCAGUACUUCCUGCUCCAGGCUCCAGCCAAUGUUGGCUGCAGAGACAGCAAAAAAGGUUGUCUCCCUCUUCUUAGACGCUGACGUCUCCCUUUUGCCCGACAACUCCUUCCCUUCGCAGAUCCAGCUGCUCAAGGGGGAGUCGUGGAGCCAGUCUCAGAUGGUUUGUCUGCUCAUGGGCUGUGUGUGUUCACUGCCUCGCAGUGUGGAGGUUCCUCAGAUGAACCGUCUGUUGUCACAGUUGGAGGAGAUGAGCUGCACCUGCAGCCACCACCUUUCCUUCACCUCUGCUGCCAAGUGCUUUUCUGGACUGGUCAACAAACAUCCACAGGGAGAAGCUCUGGACAGUUUAAUCCAGAGUACGUUGAAGACAGUGUGUGGAGAGCUGGACUCCACAUCUUCGACUGUACGCACCCAAGCUUUUACCCUCCUAAUCUGGGUGGCUAAAGCUUUGCUCCUCAGAUACCAUCCUGUCUCGGCCACUCUGACUGACAAGCUUUUCUCUCUGCUGAAUGAUUCUGAUCUGGGUCCAAUGGCAGCGGACGGCUUCUCGUUACUCAUGUGCGACUCAGAAGACGUCCUAAAUCGCCGCUGUCACGCUGACAUUCGGAUUAUGUACCGUCAAAGGUUUUUUAGUGAGAAUUCUGCAAAGUUGGUGCAGGGCUUCAAUGCAGCUCCGCAAGAGAAAAAGUCCAACUACCUGAAGGCCUUGUCCAACAUAGUUAAUCAACUACCGAAGCAGGUCCAAAUCACAGAGCUGCCCGCACUACUGACACUGUUACUGGAGGCGCUGUCGUGUCCUGACCAGGGAGUCCAGUUGUCCACACUGUCCUGCUUGGAGCCCGUCCUCAUUGACCCACCUCCUGCUAUCAUCCAACAGCUGGAAGCGUUGGUCAGCAGGUUGUUGGCUCUGAUCUCCAGUCCAGCCAUGAAAGUAAAGAUUGUUUCUCUGCGGUGCGUCCAUGCUCUCUCACAGUUCCCCACACAUGAGAUUUUGCCCUUCAGGGCUCGUGUGAUUCGAGCUCUAGCUCAACCUCUGGACGAUAAGAAGAGGCUGGUGAGGAGGGAGGCGGUUCGGGCUCGGGGAGAGUGGUUCCUUGUAGGGAGUCCUGGAGGAAGGUGAUUAUAUUCACUCACCUCCUGUUCCUGUUCCUCCUUCCUCUUUUAGCUUGAGUGUUUUCAUAUCAAUUGCCUUUAUCUUCAUCAAUGCACAAAAAAGAGACUGGACUGAGUGUGGAGCAAUUACCAACGAUACAAAAACAAAAUAAUGACUAGUUUUUAUAUAUUAACAAGUACAAGUUGUGUAUCUUAACUUUGUCUUCAUGUACUAGAGAGAGAUCCUGAUAUGAAUUUGUGCCAAGUAAACCCUGGUUGGUAUUUAUGUACUUCAUCAUAAAGAAAUAGAAGUCUUGUCAGAUUUUCAACAAAGGACUCUGAUGUUUCUUCGAUGCACCUUGUUCUGUAGUAUGAAGAGAGAACUGAUGGUAUUUUCUGUCAAAUCUGCCUUUGUAUUUGAUCAACAGCUGAGCAGGUGUUGACUCUUCAUCACCUUGUGUCUGACAACUGAAAAACAUUUUUAUUAUUAUGUCAAUGUCUAACUUAAGAUGUCAUUAAAGUCCUUAAGAAUGA